ACAUUUAGUUCAAAGUCUGAUGCCUGAUAAAAUUGGACAUCGUAUAUAAAUUCUGUCAUGAGGACAGAGACAGUGCUUAUAGCCAGAGUGAGUUAUGAAGAUGAGGGCGCUCCUGCACUUGUGUGUUGUACUGGCUGUGCUUUUGUCCAUCGUGCAAUGUGACCAUGGUCAUGAUCACAGUCAUGGGCACGGUCAUGGUCAUGGUCAUGGUCAUGGUCAUGAUCACAGUCAUGGGCACAGUCAUGGACAUGGGCACUCACAUUCCCAUGGGAAAGGGCAUGAUCACCAUACCAACGGAAGCCUGAAGAUAUACCAGGAGAACCUCGACUUUGCUUUCCGUCUGUACAAGCACAUCUCCGCCCAGCCCGAUUCUCAGUCCAAGAACGUCUUCUUCUCCCCACUGAGCGUGUCCGUGGCCCUGGCCGCUCUGUCCUUGGGGGCCAGAGGGAAGACGCACCAGCAGCUCUUUGAAGGUCUGGGCUUCAACAGCACAGACAUCACUGCAGAGGAAGUGAACCAGGCCUUCCAACACAUCCAUCAUGACCUCAAUGAGAAAUCAGAUGUAGACCUCUCGCUCGGGAAUGCACUCUUCAUUGGACAAGAUUUCAAGCCACGCCCUGAGUUCCUGGAGAGCAUGAAACUCUAUUAUCAGUCAGAGGGUUUCAGCACCGACUUCAGCAAUACGGAACAGGCCAAGGAGCAGAUCAAUAAGUAUGUGGACGAAAAGACCAAGGGUAAAAUUACACAGCUGGUUGAGGAAGUGGAUCCCCGAACAGUAAUGUAUCUUAUCAACUACAUAUAUUUCAAAGGUAAAUGGGAGAUUCCUUUCGAUCCCAAAGAAACCAAGGAAAACAAAUUUCAUGUUGAUGAUAAUACAACCGUUCUAGUUCAAAUGAUGUAUGAAGAGAACGAUUUUCACGUUUUUCACGAUGAAGAGAUCUCCACUCAUGUUCUCCAGCUGCAUUAUAAUGAGUCUGUCUCAAUGAUGCUGGUCCUUCCGGAGAAAGGAUUGGAGGGUCUGGAGGAAGUGGUCUGCAAAAACCAUUUGAGGAAAUGGAUCAGAUCUGUGAAGAAGAGGAAGUACAUGGUGCAUGUUCCAAAAGUGUCCCUGAAAACCUCAUAUCAGUUGAAAGACAUCCUACCUGGAAUGGGAAUCACUGACAUAUUUGAGGAUACUGCAGACCUCAGUGAAAUAUCAGAGGAUGGGAAAUUGGUUGUAUCUAAGGUUAUUCACAAGGCUACGCUGGACGUGGAUGAGGCUGGAGCAACAGCGGCCGCGGCAACGGGAAUCGAAAUUAUGCUAGAUUCAAUUAUUUUCACCCCUGUUUUGAAAUUUAAUCAUCCUUUCAUGGUUUUCGUGCUCAAUCGUGAAACCAGAAGUAUACUGUUCAUGGGGAAAAUUGUGAACCCAGCAGAAAAAUAAAAUGAUUGUAUUAUGAACUGUUCAA